AUGUUGAAGCGAUUUUCUCGCCAUUCACAUGCUAAAGAUCAAGUUAAUCCAAUUUUUACAGAAUCAUAUUGGCAAUGGUAUAUUGAAAGUUAUCUACGAACAGAUAAAGAAACAGUAAUUAAGCAUACUCCUUAUAAUAUUUCAAAAUAUACAGAAAAAUCUCAUGAAGUAAUUAAAAUACAAAAUUAUUUUGAUCAUUUGCAUUUACCAAUACCAAACACACUUGAAAUAAUAGCUAUUUUAAAAUCACCUUUAACAGGUGGAGAUAUAAAUAGAUCAUUUUUUAUCUUAAGAACAUUUCAAUUGAGUUCUGAAGGAUGGUUUUUAACAAAUUUAAGAAUUGAUAAAUUAGGUAAUCGACUAAAAUUUUUAGGAGCUGAAAAUUGGGAUAAUGUAAUGUGUUAUAUGGAUGCAUUAUUAUUUUCAAUGUUUGCAAAUUUAGAAAGUUUUGAACCUAUACUUUUUAUACCUAAUCAUCAAGAUAAAUUAAUAAAUCAAUUAUCUGCAUUAUUAAGAGUUUAUGUUUCUUUAUUACGACUGGGAUAUUUAAUAACAACAGAUUUAACAGCUAGAAUUUGUGAAGGUUUAUAUAAAUUGGGAUUUGAUGAAGCUGUUAGUCAUAAACAACAAGAUGCUGCUGCAUUAUUUCAAUUUUUAACAGAAGUAUUAAGUAUGCCAUUAUUAACAUUUAAAGUUGAUAUAAAACAUGGUGGAAAAUUUAAUAAAAAAGAUGAUGAGAAAUUUUCAAAAGAAAGAAUUUUAUUUGUGAGUAUUCCGGAUGAUGAAUUGGAAUCGACUGAUGGAGUAGGUAAAGUUACAGAGACUGAACAUUUGGAAAAUUCAAUAUCAAGUUUGAAACUACAAAAAUCAGAGGCUGAUGAUUCGGUUUUAUUGGAGGAGUGUCUAGAACAUUAUUUUAAUAAUUCAAUAAGUGUAAAACGAGAAUUGGAAAGAAGGGCAUCAUUAGGUACAGUACCUAAAUCAACAUCAUAUAUUCAUGAAAUACCUGAAGAUUCGCAGAUCCAAAUAAACGACGAUCAUAAACAUAGUGUUACUCAAGUUGAGGAUGUGGAUGAUGAAACAGAAUCUAGGGAUAGAUCAGAUAGUAGAAAAAGUAAUGGUGUUAGAAUAGGAAUAAGAACUAGAUCAUCCACAUUAUCAAUCUGGUCAUUGAAUGAUGAUGGAAAAUCAAACACAUCAAAGGUAAAGGAAGUUAAUUUACCUGCUUGGAUGUUUUUAAGGCUAUUACCGUUUUAUACUGAUGAUAAUCAAGGACCAGAUGAUUUAGAAAAUGGUGCGAAAAGUUCAAAAGAAUUUGCAAAUAGAAGACCUGUAUUACCAAUUUGUUUAAAAAGAUAUGAAUUUAAUUCUGGAGAUUCAGCUGGUACUAGAUCACAGAAAAGAAUAAUCAUACCACCAUUUAUAGAUUUACCUGAUUUUGUUGCAGAUGAUAUUGAUGAACCUGCAUGUUCUUUCAGGUUGAUCUUAGAAAGUGCUGUUUGUCAUAGAGGAAGAUCAAUUGAACUGGGACAUUUUAUAUCAGUUGUUAGAAAAAAUGUUGAAAAAAUUAAUCAAACUGAAGAAGAAGCUAAUAAAUCCUUGUGGUAUUACUAUGAUGAUAUGAAAAAGAAUCUGAGAGUUGUUGAAAAGACUUUUAAUGAGAUUUUUAAUAAUGAAUGGCCUUAUAUGUUGUUUUACAGAUUAGUGUCAGGAAGGGAAUCAAGCGCUGCAUCGUCUAUUAAAAGUAAUAUAAUACCUCCAAAUGGAUCCAAACCCCUGUAUUGGUCGGAUGAUUCUAUAAAUGUUAUCGGAAACCCACCAAAGGUUUUUUCUCCAAUAUUAUCUGCUGAAGAUUCACACCAUACAUCAAAAGUAUCAGAUAUUGAAAAAAUGUCGACCAAAUCUUCAUCUAAUUCAGAAUCAAACAUGUUUGUCAUUUCACCAACUGAUUCCAAAUACGUGGAUAUUAAAAACAGGUAUUACUGGUAUAUAACAGAUGCAGAUAAGAACUAUUAUAAAGAAGAACCGACGAUAUUAAAGGAUGGUAAUUCAUCAAUGACAUUGAGUCCACAAUUCAGAAGAAAUAGUCAAUGGAGCAAUUUUUCGAACAUGAGUAAUAUUCAAUUAGAUAAAAAGCCACUGCAACAACACAGUGAUAAGAACUUAGAUAAUACAUCACAAGAAGCAUUAUUAAAACCAAAUGAUCAAAAAAAUAGUGAAUCAAGCGACAACACUUUAAAUUCAUCAAUUUGGAAAAAACCUAUCAAAAAAUCACCCAAUGUUAAUUUAGAUUCAACUGAAUCAUUAGGUGAAUUAAGAAAAUUAGUUUCACCAAUAAAUCUUGAUGAUUCUAAAAAUGCAUAUCCACAUACUGUUAAAACAUUACAAAAUGAACAAAAAAAACAAAAUAGCAUAAAUGGUCAUAGUCAUCAUUUAUUUCAUAGAUCUAAAAAUAAAAGAGACGCUUAUAAAAAGGAAAAAUGUAUUAUUACUUAA